UAUUUAUUCAAUCAAUUGCAUGCUAUCUUAACACAAUUUACACAACACAACCAUUCGAUUUCUGUAAUAAAAAGAAAACUAUCUUAGAGAGAUUUUUCAUUUUUUUCUCGGAAAUUAAUAUUUGACGAUCAACAAUCUAGUGCGAAGACGAUCCGAGAGUUAUUUUUUUCUAUUGAUUCUGUGAUGACGGAUAUUUGUUACGAGGACGAAGCGUCGUGGUCUAGCCGGAGGAGGAGGAUCGGCGUUCACCGAUGCAGGAUAUCUCCGUCAGAGAUGCAUCAGACUGCGGCUGCGGCGGUGGAAGAUAAAGAGGUGGUUCAUAAUCGUAAUAAACAGGAGAACGAUAUUAUGAACUGUGCAUCACCACCUUCUCAGAGCUCACCUGAUUCAGAAGCGGGCGAGAGUGUAUUACUUGAUGUGGAGGUUACGAGAGAUGACGUUGACGCUGGUGUUAUCGCAGUUAUUCCGUCUAAGAAAACGGUAAGAGAGACGGAUCCGAGGCCUAGAUACGGCGCCGCAUCGGUGUGCGGUAGGAGAAGAGAUAUGGAGGAUGCGGUUGCGAUUCAUCCGUCGUUUGUUAGGAAGCAAACGGAGUUUUCUCGAGAAAAAUGGCACUAUUUUGGAGUUUACGACGGCCACGGCUGCUCUCAUGUGGCGACGAGAUGUAAAGAGAGGCUUCACGAGAUAGUGCAAGAGGAAGCUCUCUCCGAAAAGAAAGAAGAAUGGCGUAAGAUGAUGGAGCGUAGCUUCACGCGCAUGGACAAUGAGGUUGUUUCUUGGGGCCAAACCGUGAUGAGCGCUAACUGCAGGUGCGAGCUUCAAACGCCAGACUGCGACGCUGUGGGAUCCACAGCUGUUGUCUCCGUUGUUACGCCGGAGAAGAUCAUUGUAGCGAACUGCGGCGAUUCGAGAGCAGUUCUCUGUCGGAAUGGAAAACCAGUUCCUCUAUCCACAGAUCAUAAGCCGGAUCGUCCGGAUGAGUUGGAUCGGAUCCAGAAAGCAGGAGGUCGAGUGAUAUAUUGGGAUGGUCCGAGAGUCUUGGGCGUGUUAGCCAUGUCACGAGCCAUAGGAGAUAACUACUUGAAACCGUACGUGAGUUCGGAGCCGGAAGUUACCGUGACCGACCGCACCGAAGAAGAUGAGUUUCUGAUUCUAGCCAGCGAUGGAUUAUGGGACGUGGUAACAAACGAGGUAGCAUGUGCGAUGGUGCACAUGUACCUUAGCAAAAGAGGUGGCCGUGGAAGGCGGAGAGAGACUCCGGAGUGUGUUGAAGGGAAAGAUGAGGAGGAGAAGGUGGUGCCGGUGGUGGGGUCAAAGAAGAGCGGGAAGAAAGGAGAGAUCGCGGACAAAGCAUGUACGGAGGCGUCAGUGUUGCUGACGAAGCUGGCGUUGGCUAAGCAUGGCAGUGACAACGUAAGCGUCGUGGUCGUUGAUCUGAGAAGAAGAAAAAAUAAUAGACACCUUGUUGGACACUAAGGCCAUGAUUAUCCCUAAGAAACCCAUUAUAAAUUUAAAAAAAAAAAAAAAAAAA